GAGAGAAUUUGGUGUCGAAGAGAGUACUGUAACUUGUCAGAAUCAAAGGAGAAAAGAAGAAGAGGCUGGAGUCGAUGCGAGCGACGAGCUAGUCUCAACAGUGAUGUCGAUUAAUGCUCUUAAAGAUCUCAAUAGCCUGCCUGCAUCUAAAAGUAAGAACGAUGACUCCAGUAGAGGGUGUUUUACAAAACCUUGCAGUGGGAACAUGAAUGAAAAUGUUGAAGAGAAGCAGAGGAGGAAGUCUUCUCCCAUUCAUGUUAAUGGAGCUGCAACUGUAAAUUCUGGAGUAGAGGUAACAAAUUCAGAAGUAGAAUACUUUGAAUCUGAGAACUUGAGUGAUCUUGAAGACAUUGAUACAAGUUUAAGACGUUUUCACUGCAUUUAAUGACCAUGUAGUUGAUUUAUUGGAUCCACUGGUACUUCAUAGUCACUUCUGCCUUUAUUUUUGUUGAAUGAAUAUCUCUUCACUAGUGAAUAGUGAGUGAACAACUAAUAUUGUGAAUGUAUGCCCAAAUAUCAUCAAAUGCAGCUUGUACAGCUUUUACUUAAAUCUUCAUGAGACGAAAUGUUUGUUUGUGAGGCAGCUGAGAGAGCUUUAGAGGCAAUGACCAAUUGGGUUUCCCCUAUUGUUUGUGUUGUCAAAGUUGUAACCCUAUCUCAAAAACAGAAAUCCACAAAUUUGAGCCAAGUCAUCAAUGUGCUUUUCAUGAAGUGUUCCACAAUUGGUAAGAAAAGUAUGCUUGAUUU